UAUUGAUUGUAUACUUAAAAUGUUUUAUUUUUAUUUUCAGCUUAUUUUUACUAAUUGUAUAUCUGCAAUUGUCAUUAGUGGAAAAUGUCAUUGCCUGUAGCAUAUUCCAGCUUAACUGAGUUAUUAGAAUGUAGAAAUAAAUUGUUAAACUUGUUCUCAUUUUAUAAUGAAUUUAUAAUACUCUAUAUAUUUAUAAAUUGAUAAUUUUCAUGUAACUUUUAAAAAUGGCAGAAAAAUCAGACUGUACUUCAUUUAGGAGUCCAGCAUGUUUUAAGCCACGUCCUAUUGAUGAAAAUAACCCUGCUGUCAAUGGUUCAAUGACAUUUGUAAAUAGUUCAUUUCCAAAAGAAGCUUUAGAUAUGAUGAAUAUGAUGAGACGUCAUCAGAAAUUAUGUGAUGUAGAAAUUCGUGUGGACAAUGAUACCUUUCAUGCGCACAAAAUAGUUCUGGCAGCUGCAAGCCCUUAUUUUAGAGCCAUGUUCACCAGUGGCUUAAAAGAAUCUGAAAUGUCUGUUAUUAAUAUUCAAGGUGUUUCACCUGUAACAAUGGCCUUUAUUAUCAAAUUUGCUUAUACUGGGGAAGUCAAAGUGGAAGAAAUGAAUGUUUGUAAUCUCUUACCAGCAGCAACAAUGUUUCAGGUUAAUCAUAUUAUUGAAGCUUGCUGUACAUUUCUGGAAAAACAAUUAGAUCCAUCUAAUUGUAUUGGUAUAGCAGAUUUUGCCCUUCAGCAUGGUUGCACAGCAUUGUAUCAAACAGCAAAUCAGUUCCUGGAUCAACAUUUUUCACAGGUAUCUCAAGGGGAAGAGUUUUUAGUUUUAUCUCCUUGUCAAUUAAUUCAAUUAAUUAAAAAAGAUGAACUCAAUGUCAGAAAUGAAUCUGAAGUUUUUAAUUCAGUUCUAAGAUGGGUAAAACAUGAUGAAGAACGUAGAGGACCUAAACUUUCAAACAUUUUGAAUGCAGUUAGGUGUCAUUUUUUAACACCUCGAUUUUUAAAAGAACAAAUUCAAGGAUGUGAAUUAGUGAAAAAUAUGCCUCAAUGUUGUGAAUAUCUUACCCAAAUAUUACAGGAUUUAACUGUUUGUCGUAAAUACAAUUGUCAUCAACGUACACCAAAAGUUCCAUUUGUCAUCUAUACAGCUGGUGGUUACUUACAACAGUCCCUCAGUAAUAUGGAAUGUUAUAAUGCAGAAGAUAAACAAUGGUAUUCCUUAGCUGAUAUUCCUACUCCUCGCAGUGGACUUGGAGGUGCAUUUAUUGAAGGGAAAUUUUAUGCUGUGGGUGGAAGAAACAACAGCCGUGAUGGCAAUCAAGAUUCAAAUGCUGUAGACUGUUAUGAUCCAAUUAAAAAUGUUUGGAGAUCCUGCUGUCCCAUGAAUGUUGCUAGAAACAGAGUUGGUGUUGGUGUUUUAGAUGGUCUUUUAUAUGCAGUGGGUGGUUCAGAAGGAGUAACUCAUCACAAAUCUGUUGAGAGGUAUGAUCCUUGUGAAGAAAAAUGGUGUUUUGUAAGUAACAUGUUGACACCAAGGAUUGGAGUGGGAGUAGCUGUUGUUAAAAGAUUAUUGUAUGCUGUUGGUGGUUAUGAUGGUAACUGCAGAUUAAAUACAGUAGAAUGUUAUAAUCCUGAGAAAGAUGAAUGGGUUUCGGUUGCCAGUAUGAAAAUUACUCGGAGCGGAGCAGGUGUUAUAUCUUUAAAUAAUUACAUCUAUGCGAUUGGUGGUUAUGAUGGAACAUCACAAUUAAAUUCUGUAGAAAGAUACAAUGUAGAUCUUAACGAAUGGGAAACAGUGGCUUCCAUGUCAUCUCCGAGAAGUGCCCUCAGUGUAGCUGUUUUAGAUGACAAAAUAUAUGCUUUAGGUGGUUACGAUGGCACAUAUUUUAUGGAGACUGUUGAAGUUUAUGAUCCAAAGACAGAUAAAUGGAGUAAAGCACCUUCUAUGUCAUGUGGUCGUAGUGGACAAGCAUCAGGUGUUUGGAAAGCUCCAUGUUUGGCUCAUGGCAUAGUUUAAUUUAUAUUGAUGAUCAUACGGGACCAUAAGAUAUAUACUGUAUAUUAAAACUCCAUCAAGAUGAAAAGUACAAAUGGUAGUAUGUAAUGUAUGAAUGCUUCCAUUUUAAAAUUCAGAACAAAUGACAAUUUUUUUUAUUUAAAAUGAAUAUACCAGAAUUAUCCAACAUGGAAAAUUAGAAUGCUUUUGCUUUAUUUAAUAAUGGAAAAACAAAAACUUAUCACAAAGGAAAAAAACAGAGCACAAUUGUGAUGAUGUAAUAUAUUGUUAAUAUAUGAAUUAAAAUUCAUUCAGAUUAACUUACAAAGUUACAGUAUAUCAGGAACAGUUUUUAAAGAAUUCAUUUUGAAGCAUGAAAUAAUUUAAAUUUCUUUUAUGUUUUAUACAUAGAUA